UUUUGAGUUGGGCAUAAAGUCUGUUGUGUUGUGAUGUAUUCACACCCUUGUAUGUUAUAGAUACUCCACAGUUUGUAUAAGCUUUAGGAGCUGUAGUUGUGUAAAUUUUGUUGGUUAUAUUUUGAUUAAGGUGUCUUUAGGUUUACUCGUGAAAUCGAUAAAUUUUGAGGUACACUUCAUGUAUGUGUUUGACUAGCUGUGUUUGACUAGCCUAGGAUCCGCUGUGUUUUGAGGCAUGUACAAUAGUUUAUAUACUAGAUUGGCAAGUUCAUCACAUGAAAGUUUUAAGCAGAGUCGACAGAUACAGGUACAGAAAAGCGUUGUUCGUCGGCUUCACGCCAUCUUUCGGUCUAAGGUAGCAGGUAGUCCGGGAGGGGGUGUGACAACUUGGUAUCAGAGCAGUUUGCUCCAUGGGAAUUAAGGAGUCAUGCCACCACGUACUGGUAGACGACGCCGGCAGAAUCAGGACGGGAUGCAAGGUCCUACCCAAGGUCCAUCUGUAGGGGAAUCUAGUACCCUAGGAGUUCGAGGUGGUGCAGGAAACGAGCAGUUUGCGAGAACAACACAGGAAAUAGGAAGGCCAGAUAGAGCAGAGCCUAGUGAUCCAGAAAAGGCAUACGAAAUUGAACGACUGAAGAAGUUAGGGGCUACACUGUUUGAAGGUUCCACAGAUCCAGCUGAUGCAGAGAACUGGUUGAAUAUGCUUGAAAAGUGUUUUGAUGUGAUGAAUUGUCCUGAGGAGCGAAAGGUUAGAUUGGCCACAUUUUUGUUGCAAAAAGAGGCUGAAGGAUGGUGGAAAUCUAUAUUAGCAAGACGCAGUGAUGCACGUGCUUUAGACUGGCAGACUUUUAGAGGCAUAUUCGAAGAUAAGUAUUAUCCCAGCACAUACUGCGAAGCCAAGAGGGAUGAAUUUUUGGGGUUGAAACAAGGAUCACUUUCAGUGGCUGAGUAUGAGAGGAAGUAUAUCGAGCUUUCACGGUAUGCUGACGUUAUUGUAGCUUCUGAGAGUGACAGGUGCCGAAGGUUUGAAAGAGGGUUGCGUUUUGAAAUACGUACCCCAGUUACAGCCAUUGCUAAGUGGACGAAUUUCUCUCAGUUAGUGGAGACUGCCCUUCGUGUGGAGCAGAGUAUAACAGAAGAGAAAUUGGCAGUGGAGCUUAGUCGUGGGACUUCAACAGCUAGUGGAUUUAAAGGCCGUGAGCAGCGGAGGUUCACGCCUGGGAUAAAUAUUUCAAGCCGUCAAGAUUUUAAGAAUCGCUCUGGAGGCCAAGCAUCGAGGAACGUGAGUUAUGGUAGUGUUUUUCAGAGACAGAGCCAGAGAAUACCUAGUCAACCCAUUAGAUCAACAGUAAGAUCGCAACCAGGUCAGGAGUCCAUUGCUAGUACCGUCAGGCGAAUACCAUGCACGAGUUGUGGCAGGAACCAUCGGGGUCAGUGUUUGGUAGGUGCCGGUGUAUGUUACCAGUGCAGACAACCAGAACAUUUCAAGAAAUAUUGUCCGCAGUUGAACAUGACAGUUCAGAGAGAUCAGAGAGUUGGGUCCCAGACAGUUGAGCAAUGGAGAGUUUCAGUGGUUCCAACAGAGGGCACCAGUGGUGCAAGGCAAAAGGUAGUUGUUGGAAGACCGAGGCAACAGGGAAAAGUCUAUGCUAUGACUCAACAAGAAGCAGAGGACGCACCAGACGUUAUUACUGGUAAGGGCACAGCGAGGGGCAGACCGACGAGAGGCAGGAAGGAUGCGUGAAGGCCAUAUGGACGCGUCUGGUUUUCUUAUUGCUUCCACUGAUGUUUUUUGUUAGAAUAUGUGGUUUUGUGAUUUUGAGUUGAUGACCUGAGUUUUUAUUUGAAACUUUUGUGACUGUGAUUUAAAAUAGGGCCCGAUACUGUUUUUUUGUAAUAUUUCUAACGUUUUAAGAAAUCGCAACCGGUCCGUUAUGAAUUUUAUGUUGUGUGGUUGAGUUUUGGUAUUGAGUAGUGACCUCAGCUUAGUCUGGAAAUUUGGGUCGUUACAGUAGUGCUUGUAAACGUUGUUGUACUAGGUGUACCCUACACAACGUAGAUUCGUCAUGUUAGUUAAAAUGCUUCGAUAUACUUGAUAUGCCUUGCUAGAUUUCAAUGAUGAACAUGCUGAGUAUUUAAGGAAGCUAUUCUUACUAUUACACAUUUA